CGGCGGGCGGGCCGGAGGGCGCCGGUAGCGCAGGGAGAGAGCGGAGCCGACCGCGGAGCGCCACGCUUCCCGCCGCGCCCGCGUGCCCACCGCGCCCGCCGCAGCGCAGCCUUCCGCCUUUCAGGGCUGUACGUGCCAGACCUCAAUGAGGAGUCCAAACAUGGAGACCUUCAAGCAGCAGAAGGUGGAGGACUUCUAUGACAUCGGAGAGGAACUGGGGAGCGGCCAGUUUGCCAUUGUGAAGAAGUGCCAGGAGAAGAGCACCGGGCUGGAGUACGCAGCCAAAUUCAUCAAGAAGCGGCAGAGCCGGGCCAGCCGGCGGGGUGUGUGCAGGGAGGAGAUCGAGCGGGAGGUGAGCAUCCUGCGGCAGCUGCUGCAUCCCAACAUCAUCACGCUGCACGACGUCUUCGAGAACCGCACCGACGUGGUGCUCAUCCUGGAGCUAGUCUCCGGAGGAGAGCUAUUUGACUUUCUGGCCCAGAAGGAGUCGCUGAGUGAGGAAGAAGCCACCAGCUUCAUUAAGCAGAUCCUGGAUGGGGUGAACUACCUUCACGCCAAGAAAAUUGCUCACUUUGAUCUCAAGCCAGAAAACAUUAUGCUAUUAGACAAGAAUAUUCCCAUUCCACACAUCAAGCUGAUUGACUUUGGCCUGGCUCACGAAAUAGAAGAUGGAGUUGAAUUUAAGAACAUUUUUGGCACACCAGAAUUUGUUGCUCCAGAAAUUGUGAACUAUGAGCCCUUGGGCCUGGAGGCUGACAUGUGGAGCAUAGGCGUCAUCACCUACAUCCUCCUAAGUGGAGCAUCCCCUUUUCUGGGAGACACGAAGCAGGAAACGCUGGCAAAUAUCACAGCAGUGAGUUAUGACUUUGAUGAGGAAUUCUUCAGCCAGACCAGCGAGCUGGCCAAGGACUUCAUUCGGAAGCUUCUGGUUAAAGAGACCAGGAAACGGCUCACAAUCCAAGAGGCCCUCAGACACCCCUGGAUCACGUCCAAAGGAGAAGACAGAGCCCCAGAACAGCGGAAGACAGAGCCCACUCAGCUGAAAACCAAGCGCCUGAGGGAGUACACCCUCAAAUGCCACUCAAGCAUGCCUCCCAACAAUACCUACAUCAACUUUGAGCGUUUUGCUCAUGUGGUAGAGGACGUGGCUUGGGUAGAGCAGGGAUGCCGUGCCCUAGCAGGGACCCAUGACACUAUCCAGGAUGAUGUGGAGGCCCUGGUCUCCAUCUUCAAUGAGAAGGAAGCUUGGUAUCGAGAGGAGAGCGAGAGUGCCCGGCACAACCUGUCCCAGCUCAGGUACGAGUUCCGCAAGGUGGAGUCCUUCAAGAGGCUCCUGCGAGAAGACAUCCAGACCACAGUGUCCGGCCUCGGGAGCAUGGCCAGGAAAUUGGACCACCUGCAGGUGCAGUUUGAAGCUCUGAGGCAGGAGCUCUCAGCAGACCUACAGUGGAUUCAGGAACUGGUGGGCAGCUGCCAGCUGGAGAGUGGCCGCACAGGUGGCCUGGGCUCUGUGUUCCGCCCGGACGCCGGUGAGCCACUAGCGGAGCUGCACAACAGAUCAGGAAGCGAAGAAGUCUUGGCCGGCUUGAAGCUCUGAGCACAGGAAUCUAAUCAGUAAUGCCCCCUGGUUGGCAUGCACAAGCGUGUUCCCAAUUCCCCUGCUGGGUAUUGGCUAGAAUUUUCCUGCAGGGAUGUAAGUCUGUAGCGUGCAUAGCCUUCCACCCCCCUCACACAAUCCAGAAUCACAGAUGUGCUGGCGAGUUAUUCAUUCUGCACUUCCUCUCACCAACCUGGUUUUCUGGGAGCAGGGCUGGCAGGGCAGCCAAGCUUUUAAAACAAUUGAGAAUAAAUACCUUUCAAUGUAUCUUUUUUCAGAGGGAGGACGGCUGGCCCUGGGGAGAUGCUCGAUAACUGAUUUGUCAUAAUGGGUUUGUGCACAUUUCACUUCCCGCCUAUAUGCCUUAGAGAUUGCUGAUCUUGGGUAACAUUAAGUUAACUGUGGGUAACAGUACAUCAGCUUGGUGCUUUCCUGUUUCAGAAGGAGGAAUUUAAAAUGUACAGAGAAAAUAUUACUUUUCAUUUGCAUUGACAUCACUUACCAAGCACUUAUAUCUUUGAUCACUAUGUCUUUGAUCCUUGACAGAACUUUGUGAGACAGGAAGGUGGGUGGCAUUAUUAUUGCUGUUACUAUUAUUUUCAUGUAACUGAUGAGGAAGUUGACUCAGGGGAAAAUGAUUUACUCAGGGUCAUUCAUACUUAGUUGAUAUACAUGAAACAGAAACUCAGGAUGCCUGACUCUAAGGUGAGGUGUAGAGAAGAGGUGUAAGGUGAGGGAAGAAACUGUGAGGCUUUGCUGUAAAUAUUCACCUUAAUUUUAAAGUUCAGAUCCCACGGGUCAAACAAGCAACUUCACAUGUUCUGCCAAGUGUAGGUAGAAUGCCUCAUCCCUUCAGAUGAUUGUCCGGAGAACUGUGUCCUAGAGGGUGCUGUUCAUGGUUCCUAUCCAGCCUGUGUCUGUCUGAAGAUGAGCCUGCAGAGCAGGAGGAAAGGGGCGGCAUCUCAGCCUUCUCCCCCUUUCCCCGCUCUGGCUACGGGCCUCAGCCUUGUGUGGGAAUGAAUGCCAAAGGGGACUCGGCCAAAAGUUUCCUUUCCUUACAUACUUAGGUCAUUGGGCCCUAAACAGUCUGGGAAACUCCAUGAGAGUUUUUGAAGAGGGUGGACAUUAAGACUACGAAGCACAAGGUUCAGUGGUACCUUCUUGACCCCAAGCUUUGAGCACAUGUCCCCUAGGACUGUAUGAUCUUAUCACCUUUUCCUGGAGGAGGACCCAGUCAAUGGAUUCAUAGAGACAGAGCCUGGAGUGUGGGCGCAGGGCUGUGCUAGAAGCUUGGGGGCGGGGAAACAGAUGUAUCAUUUCAAAGUGUCUUAACAGACUCACAAAACACCCUUGUCAGAGAGGUAGGAUAAAUGUUACUUCCAAUUUGGAGAUGAGGAAACAGAGAGCGUGUGAUUUACCCAAGGUCAUAAUAGUGGCAGAAGUGAAGGUCUCCUGCUAAGUCUGAUGCUCUUUCUGCUUCUCCUCACUGCCCCAGGCUGCAGGAGUUCCCUCUCUGCUUCUAAGGCAGGUUUUACUCAGAUUCACCCAUCCAUCCAUUCACAAAUAAUUUCUGAGCACCUACCAACUGGCAGGCACUCGGCUUGGCACUGGGGAUACAAAGUUAAGAGGAAACAGGCAUGUUUCCUGCCUUCAGAAAGUUUGCAUGCAGGUCAGUGAAGGAUUCCAACAUUAAUCAAGAACAUUCUACAAAUGUAGAACUGGAGCUGGAACAUAUUCUAAGAAAGAGAAGUAUGCGGCACUGCAGGAGCCUGCAGUGGGGGUCUGAUCUAGUCAGGGAAGGCAUCUGUGAGGUGGUGACGCCAGAGCCGAGAUUAGCUAGGCAAACUGGAGAGAAAGAAUUGUUUCCUACGGAGCCAUCAUGCCAGGCCUCUGUGGUGGGAGGAGAAAUGAGAGGCUGAAAUUAAGCAGAUAGAAAGCUGGAAGGGAGAGAAUAAGAGUAUUGUGCAGAUGUGGCUGGAGAGGACAUAGGACCAGCAAGCCCCUGCCAUGAUAAAGAACUCUGCCUUUAUCCCAAGAGUCAUGGGGAGCCGUGAUGGGUGCCCGGCUAGUCUUGGCCUGAGGUGCUGGGGGGAAAUGCCCAGUGGGCAGCACGGAUGAGAAGUGAUUUAGGAUAAAACCUGAGAUUUUGAUCCCAUGAAACCAUUUCUUCAAAAUCUUACCUCUUUUUCUAUUAGCAUGCAGGAUUGUUUCUAAUAUCAUAUAUAAUAUUUGUAAUAGAAACUUUUUUCAUCAAAUAUAAGAAACCAUGUUUACAUCUAAUAUAAGACACGUCAUUAUUUUAUGCACCAAAAGGAAGAAGAAUAGAAAGCCCAAGAUGGGAAGUCCAAUAGGAGACCCCCACAUACAAAGCUGGAACACCCU